AUGGUUAAAGCAGAGGUUCAUGACCACACUAACUAUGAGAAAGAUGAAGCUUUUGAUGCUCUUUUACAGCCAGUUUUUAGAGGUAAGAAAUUAACCGAUGAGAUUAAUACUGCAGAGGAUAAGUGGAAUCUUUUACCUGCAUUUUUGAAAGUGAAGGGUUUAGUGAAACAGCAUUUGGAUUCUUUCAACUACUUUGUAGAUGUCGACUUGAAAAAAAUUAUCGAAGCUAAUGAGGUAAUACUUUCAGAUGUUGAUCCGGAAUUUUAUUUGAAAUAUGUGGAUAUCAGGGUCGGUCAUAAAUAUAAUGGGAACAAAGUGGCUAUGAUUCCACCACACGAAUGUAGACUAAGAGAUAUGACGUACAGUACUCCAAUCUAUGUUGAUAUUGAGUACACUAGGGGUAGGUCUAUCGUUUUGCACAGAGAUGUGGAGAUUGGAAGAAUGCCAAUCAUGUUAAGAUCAAACAAAUGUAUUUUGGAUGGUGCGGCAGAUAAUGACAUGGCAAGAUUGAACGAAUGUCCUCUUGACCCAGGAGGAUAUUUUAUUGUUAACGGUACAGAAAAAGUCAUUUUAGUGCAAGAACAAUUAUCGAAGAAUCGUAUCAUUGUUGAAGCUGAUGAAAAAAAAGCCAUUGUUCAAGCUUCCGUUACUUCUUCUACACACGAGAGAAAAUCUAAGACAUAUGUUGUCACCAAAAAUGAUAAAAUAUACCUUAAACACAAUUCUAUUGCUGAAGAAAUUCCGAUAGUAAUUGUCUUAAAAGCAUGUGGUGUUGUUUCUGAUUUGGAAAUUAUGCAGUUAGUCUGUGGUAAUGAUAGUAGUUACCAAGAUAUCUUUGCAGUUAAUUUCGAAGAAGCUGCUGAGUUGAAUAUAUACACCCAAUUACAAGCUCUUGAAUUUAUUGGUGCUAAAGUGAAAACAGUUAGAAGACAAAAAUUAUCUAUCCUACAAGAAGGUAUCGAGGCUAUAGCAACAACAGUCAUUGCUCAUUUGACUGUAGAAGCUCUUGACUUUAGAGAGAAGGCACUAUAUAUAGCUAUGAUGACCCGUAGAGUUGUCAUGGCAAUUAAAGAUCCAAAAAUGGUCGAUGAUAGGGAUUACGUUGGUAAUAAACGUCUAGAAUUGGCUGGUCAAUUAAUGUCUUUAUUAUUUGAAGAUUUGUUUAAAAAGUUUAACAAUGACUUCAAAGCUAACAUCGACAAAGUUUUGAAGAAGCCAAACCGUGCGGAAAUGUAUGAUGCACUUUUGACAAUUAAUGUUCAUUCAAACAACAUCACAACUGGUAUGAAUCGUGCAAUUUCUACCGGUAAUUGGUCUUUAAAACGUUUCAAGAUGGAAAGGGCGGGUGUUACCCACGUCUUAUCUAGGCUUUCAUAUAUAUCUGCCCUUGGUAUGAUGACAAGAAUUUCAUCUCAAUUUGAAAAAUCCAGAAAGGUUUCAGGUCCUAGAGCUUUACAACCUUCUCAAUUUGGUAUGUUGUGCACAUCUGAUACUCCAGAAGGUGAAGCCUGUGGUUUAGUUAAGAAUUUGGCUCUAAUGACACAUAUUACUACCGACGAUGAAGAAGGACCAAUUAAGAAAAUAUGUUUCUUGUUAGGUGUGGAAAACAUAAGUUUAGUGGAUAGUGCUUCGCUUCACUUAAACUUCGGGGUUUAUUUGAAUGGUACAAUUAUCGGUACGACCAGAUUCCCAACAAAAUUCGUUACUCAGUUCAGAAGUUUAAGAAGAACUGGGAAGGUUUCUGAAUUUAUUUCCAUUUACACAAAUACACAUCAAAAAGCAGUCCAUAUUGCAACAGACGGUGGUAGAAUUUGUAGACCUCUGAUUAUUGUUCAGGACGGUAAGUCCAGUGUUACUGCGGAUCAUAUCAGGGACCUUCUUGCUGGUAAGCUGCAGUUCGAUGAUUUCUUAAAGCUAGGAUUGGUCGAAUAUUUAGAUGUUAACGAGGAAAAUGAUUCUUUCAUUGCUUUAUAUGAACGUGAUUUAUCUGAGCAAAUAACACAUCUUGAAAUUGAGCCUUUCACAGUUUUAGGGGCUGUUGCGGGUUUAAUUCCUUACCCACAUCAUAAUCAAUCUCCACGUAACACUUAUCAAUGUGCGAUGGGUAAGCAAGCUAUUGGUGCUAUAGCUUAUAAUCAAUUUAAGAGAAUAGACACAUUACUAUAUCUCAUGAUAUAUCCGCAACAACCUAUGGUCAAGACCAAGACUAUUGAAUUAAUUGACUACGAUAAACUUCCAGCAGGCCAAAAUGCCACUGUUGCUGUCAUGUCCUAUUCUGGUUACGAUAUUGAAGAUGCAUUGGUCUUAAACAAGUCUUCCAUUGACAGAGGUUUUGGUCGUUGUGAAACACGUCGUAAGAACACAACUAUUCUAAAAAGAUACCCCAACCAUACACAAGAUAUCAUUGGUGGUAUGAGAGUGGAUGAAAAAGGGGAACCUAUAUGGCAACACCAAGCACUUGGUCCAGAUGGGCUCGGUGAGGUAGGAAUGAAGGUUGAGAGUGGUCAAAUAUAUGUUAAUAAGUCAAUCCCAACUAAUGCAUCGGAUAGCAUUUUAGCACAAACACAGGCUCAAUACAAAGAGACUCCUGUUGUUUAUCGUGCACCGGAACCAUCUCAUAUUGAUCAGGUGAUGAUGUCUGUAUCUGACAAUGAUCAAGCAUUGAUCAAAGUUUUAUUGAGACAGAAUAGAAGACCUGAACUUGGAGACAAGUUUUCUUCCAGACACGGUCAAAAAGGUGUUUGUGGUAUUAUCGUUCAACAGGAAGAUCUUCCAUUUAAUGACCAAGGUGUUGUGCCUGAUAUUAUUAUGAACCCUCAUGGUUUCCCAUCUCGUAUGACCGUUGGUAAGAUGAUUGAACUUAUCUCAGGUAAGGCUGGUGUUUUAAAUGGUAGUUUAGAAUAUGGUACUUGCUUUGGUGGUUCCAAACUAGAGGAUAUGUCUAAAAUCCUUGUUGACAACGGAUUCAAUUAUUCGGGUAAGGACAUGCUAUACUCAGGUAUCACCGGUGAAUGUCUACAGGCGUACAUUUUCUUUGGUCCAAUAUACUAUCAAAAGUUGAAGCAUAUGGUUUUAGAUAAAAUGCACGCCAGAGCCAGAGGACCAAGAGCCGUUUUGACGCGUCAACCAACGGAAGGUAGAUCUAGAGAUGGUGGUUUAAGAUUGGGUGAAAUGGAACGUGACUGUGUUAUUGCAUAUGGUGCCUCUCAAUUACUCUUAGAAAGAUUAAUGAUCAGUUCAGAUGCGUUCGAAGUUGAUGUUUGUGAAAAGUGUGGUCUAAUGGGUUACAGCGGUUGGUGUACUUCUUGUAAGACCACCGAACAUGUCGUCAAAAUGACCAUCCCUUAUGCUGCUAAGUUACUCUUCCAAGAAUUAUUAGCGAUGAACAUUGCACCUAGAUUGAAAUUAGGAGACGAAUUUGAAACCUGA